GUCGCAUCUCGACAACCAUUUCAUAAAAAUGGAAAAGAGGCAAAGCGAGCGAGAAACCACAUGCGGAGUGGGGUUUCAGUUGGGGUGAAUCAAUGGCGGGUGGAAGAAGCCAGAAUGGGUGAAGGUAGCGCAGGAAACGGCAACAACAACAGCAGCAGACGAGGCGGCAUGGCUGCUAUCACUAACAACAACAACAACAACAACAACAGUAACAAUAACAAUAACCCCAACAGACCUGCUUGGUUGCAGCAAUACGAUUUGAUCGGUAAGAUCGGUGAAGGCACUUAUGGUCUGGUCUUCCUCGCCAGAACCAAGUCUCAGCCUAACCGAGGGAAGUGCAUCGCCAUCAAGAAAUUCAAGCAGUCCAAGGAUGGCGAUGGCGUUUCUCCCACCGCCAUCCGUGAAAUCAUGUUGCUGAGGGAGAUUAAUCACGAGAAUGUUGUUAAGCUUGUUAAUGUUCACAUCAACCACGCGGACAUGUCGCUUUACCUGGCUUUCGAUUACGCGGAGCAUGACCUAUAUGAAAUUAUUAGACAUCACAGGGAAAAGGUCAACCAGUCUAUCAGUCAGUAUACAGUUAAGUCAUUACUCUGGCAGCUUCUCAAUGGGCUGAACUAUCUCCACAGUAAUUGGAUUAUACAUCGGGAUCUGAAGCCAUCAAACAUUCUGGUAAUGGGUGAGGGAGAGGAACAAGGAGUGGUUAAAAUUGCUGAUUUUGGUCUUGCAAGGAUAUACCAAGCUCCGCUGAAGCCAUUAUCAGAGAAUGGGGUUGUGGUAACUAUUUGGUAUCGUGCACCUGAGCUGCUCCUUGGUGCUAAGCACUAUACAAGUGCUGUUGAUACGUGGGCUGUUGGAUGCAUUUUUGCUGAGUUAUUGACUUUGAAGCCACUUUUUCAAGGACAAGAAGUCAAAGGCACACCUAACCCUUUCCAGCUUGAUCAACUUGACAAGAUAUUUAAAGUAUUAGGCCAUCCCACACAAGAUAAGUGGCCUACGCUUGUGAAUCUUCCACAUUGGCAAUCAGAUCAGCAACAUAUCCAGGCGCGCAAAUAUGACAAUCCUGGUCUCGGUAACGUAGUGCAUCUUUCUCAGAAAAGUCCCGCAUAUGACCUCCUAUCGAAGAUGCUGGAAUACGAUCCGCGGAAGCGUAUAACAGCAGCACAAGCUCUUGAGCAUGAGUACUUUCGGAUUGAGCCUCUACCAGGGCGCAAUGCACUGGUACCUUGCCAACCGGGAGACAAAGUUGUGAAUUAUCCUGUUCGUCCAGUGGAUACUACUACAGAUUUUGAGGGAACGACCAGCGUCCAAUCUUCUCAACCGGUAUCAUCUGGCAAUGCAGUUCCUGGGAGUGUAGCAGCUGCUCCUGUGGUGACAGCUAGACCUGUCCCUCGGCAAAUGCCGAUGGUACAAGGAAUGCAAAGGAUGGCUGUUCCUGGCAUGGCGACCUUCAAUCUUGCUUCUCAGGCUGGCAUGGGUGGGGCAAUGAACCCUGGCAGCAUCCCAAUGCAAAGGGGUGCUGCUGCACAGGCUCAUCAUCAGCAGCAGCAACAGCAGUUGAGAAGGAAAGAUCCCGGAAUGGGGAUGCCAGGAUAUCCUCCAACCCAGAAAUCAAGACGCUUUUAAGGAACAAGUUUUGUGUUGCUACUACAUGGUGUACCAUUGUUCACGCAGAAGAAACUUAUUUUAGAUUA